AUGUUCAACCAGUCUCACCAUUGCUGGACUUCAACCUCUGUCUGCUUCGUCAUCCUCAGCUCCUGCUUCAUCUCAAUCUCCUCCUCCUCCUCUGCCUGCAACCAACUCGAUCUUAACUCUCUCUUGUCCAUCUCCCUCACCUUCUUCUCCCGGCCUCCCCUCAAUCCCUUAAACUGGUCAACAUCCAAAUCCAAUGCCACUGACUGCUGCCUCUGGGAAGGAAUUGCCUGCAACCCAGAUGGCAGAGUCACUUAUCUAUGGCUGCCCUCCAGGGGCCUCACUGGAACCAUCUCUCCCUCUCUGAUAAACCUCACACACCUCUCUCACCUCAAUCUCUCCCACAACACCCUCUCUGGCCCCCUCCCUCAUGGCUUCUUUUCCUCCUUGACUCUCCUUCGAGUUCUCGAUCUUAGCUUCAAUAAUUUGCGCGGAAACUUGUCGAACACCUUGCCCAGUUCCAUCGAAACACUGGAUUUAUCCAGCAACCACUUUGAUGCGACUAUCCCAACUUCAUUUCUACAAGAUGCAGUGAACUUGGUGAGUCUUAAUGUCAGCAACAACAGCUUCACUGGCGCCAUUCCGGGCUCCCUUUGCAUCAAUUCCAGCCUCCUUAUGCUCUUGGAUUUCUCCAGUAACGACUUCAUCGGAGAGAUUCCCUGUGGGCUUGGGGGAUGUUCAGAAUUGGAGGUCUUUCGAGCUGGUUUCAACUCUCUCUCCGGACCAAUUCCGAGUGACAUUUAUCAGGUAAGGACUCUACGAGAAAUCAGCUUAGCUUCCAAUAGUCUAUCUGGACAGAUAGGAGGCAGCAUAAGUAACCUCACAAGCCUCAUCACACUUGAGCUCUACUAUAAUGAGUUUAGGGGCAUCCUCCCUCCGGAUAUAGGGAACCUGUCCAAAUUGGAAAAACUAGCCCUUCACAUGAACAACUUCAGUGGCACAAUACCAACAUCCUUGAUGAAUUGCAUUCAUCUUAGAGAACUAAAUUUGGGGUUCAACUCAUUUCAAGGAAAUAUCUCCACCCUUAAUUUCUCCCAGCUUCAGCAACUUACCUUACUAGACCUCGGCAACAAUAACUUCUUCGGGCAAUUUCCCAUUAGCCUUUAUUCCUGCAAGUCCCUGAGAGCAAUCAGACUAGCUCGCAGCAAUCUUGAAGGACAGAUUCUACCUGAUAUGCUCACUCUGCAAUCUCUCUCAUUCCUUUCGCUUUCUGAUAAUAGGCUAACCAACAUCUCGGGGGCGGUGAGAAUCCUAAUGGGCUGCAAGAACCUCAGCGUCCUCAUCCUCACAAAAAACUUUGCAGGUGAGUUAAUGCCGGAUUACGAUGACGAGGCGGCAGAUUUGAGUACUGAUGGUUUCAAAAAUCUCCGAUUUCUAAGCCUAACGGGUUGCCUACUCGUUGGCCGAGUACCCAAAUGGCUAGGAAAACUGAAGAAGCUAGAGUUUUUAAGUCUCUCUCUUAAUCAACUUCGAGGCUCCAUUCCUGGAUGGUUAGGGAAUUUGCCCAGCCUUUUCUACUUGGACCUGUCUAAUAAUCUCCUUACUGGAGUAUUUCCUGAGGAGCUUUGCAAAUUGCCAGCAUUGACAUUGGAUCGAGUUGCCACCAAAGUAGAUGAUACUAAUCUAGAAUUGCCAAUCUUUACUGCAUCCAACUAUAGUGCUACAGCAAACAACACCCAUGGUAGACAAUACAACAAACUCUCCAACUUCCCACGAGCAAUAAUUUUCAAAAACAACAGCAUUAGUGGGAGAAUCCCAGCUGAUAUUGGGCAAAUGAAAUUUCUAGUUUAUUUGGAUCUCAGACACAACAACCUCUUUGGAAAAAUCCCGGAUCAAAUAUCGAGUCUUCGAAACUUAGAAUCAUUGCACCUAUCCUUCAACCAUUUUUCUGGUGAAAUCCCAGUGUCACUGACUAGCCUCGAUUUCUUGGCCGAGUUCAAUAUUUCAUACAACAAUCUUCGAGGACCGAUACCGGCGGGCACUCAACUACAGAGCUUUGGGGCUUCUGCUUACGAGGGUAAUCCAGAGCUGUGUGGACUACCACUUCCAAACCCAUGCCAAGUUCCUGGUGUCAAUGAACACAAGGAUACUCAACACAAGGAAGAAGAGGACGGAGAUGGGAGUCCUUGGUUCUAUUUGAGCACAGGGCUUGGAUAUAUUGUGGGGUUAUCUGUAGUUUGUUACACUACUUUGUUCAACACUCGGUGGAGAGAUGCUUAUUUUCAAUGCUUGACAAAUGCUAAAAAUCAACUGUGUGUGACACUUGCUGUUUGUGUUGCAAGAAUUGGAAGGAGGACUUCACGGCUAGCUAGCUAA